AGACAAUCAUAUGUUGAUGCAGCUGUAGAGUUUUUAAAAUUAUAUCGGAGCAAGUCAUAUGUUCUUAUAGACCAAAUGUCUUCUGAAAAUAAAACUAGAGCUGGGAAUUGCAAUGUCCAGAUGGUUGUUUAUGAGGCAGGGAAGUGAAUUGUUAGUGUACAAUGUAAACGAUCUACAGCAUCAAAAGGAGAUUUCGAAGAAAACGGUGGUUUUAGAAUAUGUUUUUCGAAUGAAAAGUUGUUUUUUAUCAAUGAGGAUUGUUCAACAAUUAUUUUGGAAUUUCUUUACCGACCUUCGGCUUUUAGCUUCCAUGAGAGUAGGGGUAGAGUGGGCGCGCUGUCCACAGUGCUGUCCGAGUACCAUCUCAAUAGAUAACAGCGCAAGUAACCUGCAACAGCGAUAACCAUGGCAAAGUGCCCCCAAGUAGAAAAAUGUUGACGACCUCUGACAUUUAAAACACUCGUAUCUUUCUGGAAAUGUGUGUCUGACACAGAAAAACUACAUAUAUUUUUUAAGACUCUCGAUUUACAGUAUGAGUAUAAGUUUCGCCCAAUAGGCUUCUAGUUUGUUUCAAAUAUAUAGAAAGAGAUAUGUACCGAAGUACAAAGCUAUUGAUAACCUCAUGAAUGAUACGAUUGUUCACAAUCACAAUAUUACUUCAAUUGAGAAAGGCGAAAAUAAUUUCUUUUGGUCAAAGUAUUUUAUUGAUCUCUCAUGAACGCUAUGGCGUUUUUCAAACUAAAAUUUUUUUACUAAAUUAGUUUCGUCAUUUUUUUUCUAUAAAUAUAGAUCUAUGAGAUAAUAUGUAAUAAUAAUAAAAAAAAUGUUAUAACCUCUACAACUAAUGAACACCACGCGGUCAAUAAAGUUAGUCAUAAGUACAUAUAAUUUUGUUUCCACUCAAACCCAAGAUUCAGCAGAUUUUUAUUGAUGUAAGAUUUUAAUAAAAAAUACUUAAUACAAAUAUAUUCACUUGCCUUAUAAGUUUUC